AUGGGUGAGAGACAGACCGCUGGGGUGGGUCGGGCCGGGAGCCGGAGUGCAGCUCGGGCAUCAGGGAGGAAAACAGUGAAACCAGCACUUCCCAGCAAGUCCUCACAAGCAGCAGGUGUGAGUCUUGCCACUGUUUGCAGCUCCAUACCUUCACAAAGAAACUUGCAUCUAAACUCCCCUGCCUGUCAAACACUAGAGAUGGUUGUUCCUAGUCCUCAGUCUGUUCAGGGCUUCCAGUCAAGUCAGUUAUUCCAGCCCAGCCAGAUGUUCCAGUCGGAUCAAGGGUUCCAGGUACCUCAGCCCAGCCAAGGGUUCCAGUUCACUCAGGCACCUGAACCCAGCCAGAAGAGAAAGAUCCUUCAGCUCACUCGGAAGGAGAAAAUGGCAGUGUGCCUUUGUAUGCUGGUAGGGGUAGCUCUGCUCCUGGGUGUGAUAAACCUUGCUGUGACCUUAAUGAAGUUGACUGAACCAAGGGGUCUCGAUGCACUAAGAAAGGACAUCUAUCAAAUCCAAGAAGAUACCAAUCGAACCAUAACUGAGCUUCGAGAUUUAAUUGGCUGUGCCAGAAAGUCCUGCCCCAGGAACUGGCUUCCUUUUGAGGGAAGCUGCUACUUCUUUUCUACAACUACCAAGAGUUGGGAUGCUGCCAAUCUAUUUUGCAUGAAGAAUUACUCCCACCUGGUCAUCAUCAAUGACACUGAAGAACAGAACUUUGUGACUAAGGCCCGUCGCUCACUCCGGACAUACUGGCUGGGAUUGACAGACAGAAGAGUUGAAGGACAAUGGAAAUGGUUGGACGAUUCCUUACUCACUUCAAGCUUCUGGAAGUUAGGGGAGCCCAAUGAUUCCUUCAAUGAAGACUGUGUCAUUAUGCUCUCAGAUGGCCUUUGGAAUGAUAUAUCUUGCACUUUGACCACAUAUUGGAUUUGUGAGAUGAAACAUACUUGUUGA